UUCGCUUUUAUAAUUCUCUCUUCCUUCCCAUCCAUCAAUCUUCCUCUUCUCUCACUUCAGGGCUACGUAACCCGAACCCGAAGACGGAAAGAAAGCCCGACUCUUUUACUUUCAUUGAUUCCGCGCUGCAUUUUCCGGUCACUUUCUCGGGAAAAAGUUUCAGAAGAGAUGUACCCGGUUAUUCGGUCGUUACCGUUGGAUGGAAGCGUGGGAGAUUACCAAGUGUCGCUUGAUGGGACAAACUUGCCUGGUGAUGCUUGUUUGGUCCUGACAACCGAUCCGAAGCCUCGACUCCGAUGGACAGCUGAGCUCCAUGAACGUUUCGUCGAUGCGGUUACUCAACUUGGUGGCCCUGACAAAGCAACCCCUAAGACUAUUAUGAGAACAAUGGGAGUAAAAGGCCUUACCCUCUAUCACUUGAAAUCACAUCUUCAGAAAUACCGGCUGGGGAAGCAAUCUUGCAAGGAAUCAACUGAUAACUCUAAGGAUGCUUCUUGUGUUGCGGAAAGUCAGGACACUGGUUCAUCUCCAACAUCAUCAUCGAGAAUGGUGGCACAAGACUUGACUGAUGGUUACCAGGUUACUGAAGCUCUUAGAGUGCAGAUGGAAGUGCAACGAAGACUACAUGAACAGUUGGAGGUACAGCGUCGUCUUCAAAUUCGGAUUGAAGCACAAGGCAAAUACCUACAGUUAAUACUCGAUAAAGCCUGUAGAGCUCUCAAUCAUCAAACUGCUGCUUCAGCUGGUCUUGAAGCUGCCAGAGAAGAGCUUUCUGAACUUGCAAUCAAGGUUUCGAAUGAUUGUCAAGGGAUGGUCCCUCUUGAUGACAUUAAAUUACCUUCUUUGUCUGAACUUGCGGCAGCUCUAGAGAACAAAACUACUUCCAUUAUGCCAGCCCGAAUUGGUGAUCGCUCUGUCGAAAGCUGCUUGACUUCUACUGGAAGCCCUGUUUCUCCAAUGGCUGUUGGUUCACCUUCUGCUAUUAUGAAAAAGAGGCCGAGGCCCUUGUUCGGCAAUGGAGUCCCUUUGCCCUUGGAUGGCAACAUAAGGCAAGAAAUAGAGUGGGUUAUGCCUAAUAUUAGUUGAUUAGCGGGACAUUUCCAUCUUAGAAAUGGUACCUUCACUCUUUUUAGUAUUUUUAACUUUUGUUUUACUCUGUCUAGUUAAUCUAAAUGUCCUUUUUUGUUUUAUCAACUCUAUCAUCAAUGAUCGGUAUAUUCUGAAAGCAGAUUUCUUUUGAAUAUGGGGUUACCUCUAAAACUUGAGAUUGCCUUCCUUUGCACAGUGAUAUGAGACGGGAUUACAGUUGUUCACCAUUAAAGUUAACAUAGACUGCAUGAUUAAGAGAUUCGAGAUAAGAAUAUAUUUGGGGUUUGCAUAUAAUCUAUCCCAAGGACAACCAAAAGAUCGACUCCAUUGGAGUGCUUCUGAUUUCUUUCUACUUGAUUAAACGAUCGUUUCAAUGAGAAUUGGACUAUAUUUCCAAAUCCAACUAAGUUUACCAUUUUAAAUAAUGACAUUUGUUGUCCAUGGGUACGAUGGUUGUAAUAUCUCAUUCUCACAUUAGGUGCUAUAUAUCAGAUGCAUAUAUACUAUGUUUCGAGCUCGAGCUUGGCCUAUGAAUUUUUACUCCUCGACAUGAUUUUUAAGGCUAGGGUGUAAGAUUUCAAGGUGUUAAUCAGGUCUGGUUCGACCCAUGAACUCUUCUAAAUCCCUAAUCAAUCUCUCCACCUUUCUAACCAUAAACCUCCCAUGUGAGCAAAACAAUACGACCUGCAAGUGCGUAAACGAUGAAACAAACAUCUUAUUAAGCACGGGAAUAGGAGGCUUGGGUUCACAAACAGAGAAACCAUGAAACUAAGUGCAAGCUUAUCCACUAUACAGAAAAAAAAAA